CAAAAGAUACCUAAAUAAUUAUUUACAUAGAUUUGGACACAACAUGUUAUAAAUUUUAACCUUUCAAGUAAAACUUCAAGUAUACUGCCUUUUUAUAUUUCAUUCUCAACUAAAGCAAAGAGAAGAGCUACACUAGUAUAUAACAAUUAAGAUAUUGAGAUAACCUAUCCAGUUAUUUCAGGACAGACUUAGAUAACGACUGUCCCAGCAUGGAGCUUUUAGGAUCUACCUUAACAGCAACUUAUGCCCAACCUAGCCCAACACCUCCCAAUUUUCUACCAGCCAUCAGUACCAUGGCUUCAAGUUAUAAGAAUCGAUUUCCUAACUAUGCCUUGACUCAUAGCUUGAGCCUUUCAGGGAGACCAAGCACAUAUUGUAAAGGAACUUCUCACUCACCUACUUUAGCUACAUUAUCCAGAGGAACUGAGGGAUUGGGUGAGAAAAGGAUGCUUCCCUUUGUUUCUAAUAGAGCAGGACUUUUCACAAAAUAUACACGAGAUGAUUGGUACAAAGCCAGUCUAACAAAUUACAAAGAGUCUGAAAGUUCCAGACAUAAUGCAGAAAAACUAAGAGUAGAUACAUCUCGGAUGAUUCAAGAUAAAGAUCAACAAACAAGAACUACCCAAUCAGGUAGCACCAAAAACUUAGGAGAAAGAGUCAAUGACAUAGGAUUUUGGAAAUCAGAAAUUAUUCGUGAGUUGGAUGAGAUGAUUGGAGAAACAAAUGCUCUUACAGAUAUUAAGAAAAAGCUGGAGAGAGCUGUGGCUGAAACAGAAGCACCUCUUCAGGUAGCCGAAGAAUGUUUAUUUCAUAGAGAGAAAAGAAUGGGCAUUGAUCUUGUUCAUGAUGAUGUGGAAAAACAACUCUUGAUGGAAGUUGAUGUUAUUAAAUGUUGUCAAGAAAGAAUGAGGCUACAUCAGGAGAAGAUUAUUGCUCAACUUGCAGCUAACAGAGCAGCCCAACAUGAGCUCGAGAAAGAUCUCAGUGAUAAACAGGCAGCCUUUCGGAUUGAUGAUAAGAAUCAUCACCUUCGAAAUACUUCAGAUGGUAUUAGUUAUUAUAGAGGUGUGGAACAUUUUGAUGCCGCGAUCUCAGUGCCAGAAUCAUGGGCCAAGUUUACUGAUGAUAACAUUCUGCAUUCUCACAGUGAGAGGGCAGCUUCUUCCAAAUUGAGAAAUGAUAUAGAAAACCUAAUGGUUGUGACUGCAAAUGAGAUGUGGAAUCAGUUCAAUGCAGUCAAUGUUGCAUUGACCAAUCGCAUUGCUGAGACAGGAGAUGCCAAAAAUAAGAUUCAGGGGCAUUUAGCAAAGACAUUACAAGAACUCUUCCAAUCUGAAAUGGCCAUAGAAGCAAUCCGAAAAGCCAUUCAGGACAAAGUAGCAUCUUUGAAGGUGGCACACACUAGACUAGAUGAGCGUACAAGAAGACCAAAUGUAGAAUUGUGCCGAGAUACAGCCCAACUACGCUCUUUUCUGGUGGCAAAGAAUUGGAAAUUGAGGGGAUGCCCAUCAAUUGGGAAAUGGCUGAAUAAAUUGUGCCUUGUUAAUGAGGUUCAUGAAAUUGAUGAUGCAAUCCAGUGUCUACAGCAGCGACUAAGAGAUUCUGAGGACAUCCUACAAGCAUUGGUCCGUUCCAAAGCUACAUUGGAACAUGACCUAAUUGUCAAAUCAAAUUCUCUUUUUAUUGACCAGGAAAAAUGCAUGGGAAUGCGCAAAAGCUACCCUAGCACACUCAGACUGGCAGGAUAUUCAUAAAUGUGUUUACCCAAGCAUUUAAUACCAUUAAACUGAAACAAGAUUCUGAAGGUUCUGUUUCAAGAUUAUAAAAAACAGUGUGAGAAUGUUGACUCAUUAAAGAAAACAAUACAAAA